AUGGAAGCAGCAUCAAAUGUAGGCGAUUUCGGAAAACUUUAUCGCCUCAUACGCCUAUCAUCUGACAAACGCCUUAACAGUCAUGCUGUGUUACGCACAGCAUCAGAAGAAAUUAUUUCGGACACCAAUGGUAAGAUGGAACGAUGGGCCGAACAUUUCAAGCAGCUACUCAAUCGCAACGCUGGUCAACCGUCUCAUCGACCGAUACGACACUUACCAACACCCUACUUAGUUGACUGCGAUCCACCCACUACAACUGAAAUAGCUUAA